AUUCUUUUCAAAAAUCAUUUAACAUAACGAUUAAUAGUAAUAUUCAAUAAGUGUUCACCAACUAAAUUAAUUAAUCAUUAAAAAAACAAUAAUAUUCAUUUGCAUGAAAAUAACCUAGGUAAUUGUAACAAUCAUUCAUAAUACGUUAAACUCUGAAUUUUGCAUUCUACGGACUAUAACCAUACAAAUCUGGAACCACGGCGUCGAAAAAAACUGAAGAAUCAAUCCUUCAAGAAACAGACAACCGAUUCAAGAUGCCUGCUGCUAGUUUCGGGUCAAUAUCCCAACUGCCAGCCAAUGGAGACUGUGGUAUAAAAGAUGUUUGGAAUCAUAACCUCCAUGAAGAAUUUCAAAUCAUCAGACAGGUUGUACAAAAGUACCACUGGGUUGCGAUGGACACAGAAUUUCCAGGAGUUGUUGCACGACCUAUAGGAGAGUUCAGAUCCACAGCUGACUACCAAUAUCAACUGUUGAGGUGCAAUGUUGAUCUUCUGAGGAUAAUUCAACUUGGACUGACAUUUAUGGAUGAAAAUGGCAAAACUCCCCCUGGGUAUACUACCUGGCAGUUCAAUUUCAAAUUUAAUUUGCAGGAAGACAUGUAUGCACAGGAUUCCAUAGACCUCCUCCAGAACUCUGGAUUACAGUUCAGAAAACAUGAAGAAGAUGGCAUAGAACCCCUUGAGUUUGCUGAGCUUCUCAUGUCUUCAGGACUCGUUCUUAUGGACAACAUCAAGUGGCUGAGUUUCCAUUCUGGAUACGAUUUUGGCUAUUUACUGAAACUACUCACAGACCAGAACCUCCCUCAAGACGAAAAUGACUUCUUUGAGAGCCUGAGACUGUAUUUCCCAACUGUAUAUGAUGUUAAAUACCUGAUGAAAUUGUGUAAGAAUCUUAAAGGAGGCCUUCAAGAGGUGGCUGACCAGCUAGAGUUGCGACGCGUCGGGCCUCAACAUCAAGCUGGUAGUGACUCACAUCUCACUGGCAUGGCCUUCUUUAAGAUUAAAGAGAUAUUCUUCGACGACAACAUUGAAAGCUCCAGCGGUCACCUGUACGGGCUGGGCGCGCCGUUCUCAGUGAACGUAAACAACUUCCAAGACAAUGGAGAAAACGGCAACUCCUCCUGAUCCGGCGACUCUGUGUGCGUCAACAAUCACACGCCGCAGCCACGCGUGUUCCACCUCACUGAGUGAACUCGACAAACAUUGUACAUAGUUGUGUGGGACUCUACUGUAAUAUGUUACCUAACAGCAAUAAGGCUUCGAAAGUAAUCAGUGCAAAUUAAGUCUAGUUUCAACCAGCCUGCUGCAGAUUACCUGUUACGUUAGGGCCUAUGCAUGUAUCUAACUGCAUAUGCAUGCAAGUCAUAAGUGGGUACGCUGUUCACAGAAGCUAUAUGUAUUUGUCCAACUGAAGAUACUUUUAUCUAUUGAUUUAAAGUAAAAAGAGUUUUGUAAGUGAUUUUUGCAAAAACCGACACAUCAGCAUUUGAGCAGAAAAGUAGUGAGAAAUUUUAAGAUGACUCAGAAAUUAUGUGCAAGUUAUUUAUUGAUAAAACUUUCGUAAUUCUUAUUUCAUUUAAUAAAAAUAUUUGACUAGACUGUUUCACAGCGGUUUAUUAAUAGUAUGUACUUUACACAUCAUAGUUUUAAGGGAUUAUUUUUUGUUAAGAUUUUAUCAAUUCAUUUUAUAUCUUUCUUAUGCUAUAAGAAUAGUUUGAUAGGUAUCUAUUAUUUUAUACUGUUCUACAAAGAAAGGUAUUUAAUUAUAGAAUUUGUGAGCAAA